AUGAAUGGGCUCUAUGUCAUGAACACCUUCUUCCAGAAGCGAGAAACGAGAAAAUGGAUUUGGGUACAUCCUGGUGGGACAAUGCGGAACGAAAUUGACUACGUAAUAAGUUCCCACAAACAUGUGGUCACAGAUGUCUCUGUUCUCUCAAGCUUCAAAGCUGGGAGCGACCAUCGAUUGGUUAGAGCUAGGUUGAGAUUCGAUUUCAACAGCGAAAGGACUAAGAUGAUCAAAACAACAUCAAAAAGAGACCAAGAUUCCUUCCAAAUAGAUCUCAAAAACAGAUUCGAAUGUAUUGAUGAAUUGAACCUUGACGUGGAUCACAUCAACUAG